AUGUUCAUCCCCUACACUGGCCCCUCCUCGAAUAAAGAUGCUAGCACGCGUCGGGCCGUCAAUGCGUUCAUUGCCGCAGAUGCCGGGGCAAAGCGACGACUGCGCAAGGGAGAGUCCACGGUAAAGAAGGCGACGGGGACUCUGCAGUGGGUUCAAGUGCCUGGUUCUCGCGACCCACUGGAAUCGUCGGACGAGACCCGUAAGGAUCGUCGUCGAUCGCGCACUGACAGCUCACGCCGACCGCUGUCCGUCAGGAAGCCGCUAGGGGGCGGGAGAUUCUACCCCAUCGAAGGCAUAGGCUCCAAGGGCCCUCUCACAUUGCAUGCUCUCAGUCACUAUUUCGAUAUCCUCCUUCCUCACGACGCGAACGCUCUCGGGCUGGGUGAGGCUGCAAGGGGCUCCUACACUUCUGGACUCCUCUCCUGGGCAUCUCAACAUGACGUGAUCCUCCACGGUCUGUCGGCCUUCACACUGUGUAGUGUAGAGAGUCAGGAUAGCACAGGGGCAACCAGUCGUGCAAUUCUGUAUCAUCGCAACAGAUUGCUUGGAGACCUGCAUGAGAGGCUCUCGCGUCGGCAAGUGGAUGAUGUUUUAAUCCAGGCAAUAUGUCUUCUCAUUCCCGUGGACGACUAUCUGGGAUAUGUUGAAUACGGGCCGGUGCACUUGAAAGGCCUCCGGGAUGUUGUUCAGAUUCGUGGUGGGUUCGAUGAGGUAGGGAGCUCGGACGCAAAUGCCUUUGGAAAGAAUCUGCGAAUGAGCAUGCUCGUGGUCACAAGUAUGGUGGAGUUUCACUUGCAAACAAACAUCUCGGACGAAUCUCUGGAAACUCUGAUGCAGUCGGAAAUCACUCUUCAACAUCCACGCGAAAUGCUGGCAAGGAUUUCGAAUCUGCCCAGUGGCUUUCGGAAAUUGUUCCUCUCCGGAUAUGUAUCCGAUGAGAUUUUUGGCAUUGUUGAGAGUUAUGCUCUUUGGCGCUCAAAGGUCCAGGACAUGGACACCACAUCAAGAGAAACCUGGCGAUACUCAAGUUCUUGCUCUCUAAACAACCUUGAGAAGUGUAUUGUGGUGGCAUUGGCAUGUUUGGCAGAUGAUAUCAGCGCCAUGGGUACCCAUCCCGCGGCACUUAUCUUUCGAAAGCCAAAGCAGCGUGCGCAGGUUCUAGCAACGGUCUCUGAGUUAUGGAAGCAACCGGCAUUAAUUGACUGUAUGAUUUGGAUGUGUACUGUCAUUUCGACGCCACGGAACAAACUGCUGUUCUGUCAGGAUGCGCAAAGGCAGCUUUUGAAGAAGUCGAUACAGUAUCGGUCCCCAUCGCACAACUGGGGUCAGGUCCAGGCUGUAUUGGAGCUCUUCAUGUAUGACAGUGCGCGUGAAUCAAACUGGAAAGAAGCCUGGAGCUGGGCACUUAACGACCUCGGCAGUGUUGGAAAAGAGACGCUUGUUUGUAUACCACGUCUAGCCAAGCAACCAUCUAACAGGUUCGAAGCUUGUCCAGCCUCAGCUUAAGCCAACCAACUGCAUUAAAAUGUCAUGAAAAAUACUGUGUUCAUAGUGAAACUUUCGUUUCUGGAUUGUGGCGUUCUUUCUUUCAUGGGGCACCACUAGCUAGCG